AUGGAAGAAAAUGAUCACGGCAACAGAGACGUGGUGGAGCGGCAGCAGGAGUCGGCGGACGAAUCCAACAGAGGCAUCCUCCCGCUGCUGCAGGCGCCGGGGAACCCGCAGAUCCCGCACCGGGUCACGAAUUUCUUCAUCGACAACAUCCUGCGACCGGAUUUCGGGAGGAGAAAAGACGCGAGCGCAACCCGCGAAGAGAGCAGCCACCCUGCGUCGCGGGAGAGUCACCACAGCCCCGCCGCGCCUCAGACCGAGCCGGUGCAAGGGAGCACAGUGCCGGCGGAGGGCACCUCCACUCCGCACACAGUUAACGGGGCGAAGAAGCCCGCUAUAGCCGCCGACGAGCCUCUGAAACCCCGCGGGGAGAACGGAGACCAGUGCCUAAGCUCAGACUCAGACAGUUCCCAAGCCAGCUCAAACCAAGCCCCGUCCUCUCAGCCUUUGCUGUGGCCAGCGUGGGUUUACUGCACCAGAUACUCGGACAGGCCUUCUUCAGGGCCAAGAUCUCGCAAACCAAAGAAGAAAACGACGACCAGCAAAGAGGACAAGCGACCACGGACGGCCUUCACAGCAGAGCAGCUGCAAAGACUCAAAACAGAGUUCCAGACGAACCGGUAUCUGACCGAGCAGAGGCGACAGAACCUGGCGCAGGAGCUGGGCCUCAACGAGUCCCAGAUCAAGAUCUGGUUUCAGAACAAGAGGGCAAAAAUCAAGAAGGCCACCGGCGGUAAAAACGGCCUGGCCUUGCACCUGAUGGCACAGGGACUGUACAAUCACGCCACCGUCUCGUCGAAGGACGAAAAAUCAGACAGCGAUUGAUUUUCACAGAAGUAAACAGCAGCCUCCUGACGAAAAAGAACUCAUAGUAAUCCUGUAUACAUACUUUACCCCCCCUUUUUUUACAGAUAUCACAGCAAAACUCUACAUACAAGAAUAUUUAAUGACACUACAGCAGAUUUAAAAACAAAAAAAAAGAUACCACAAAUUAACUAUUUCUAUCACUCUACUUACUGAAUGUUCAAACCCACUAUGGCUCCAGCAGGACACCAUACAAGGCAUACUUUAAAAAAAAAAAAAUAUAAAUGGACCAAAAGGUUAGUGGACAACCAUGUGGUCCUAUAGGAGUAUUAUAGGGAUUUUUCGUUCUAUGGGAGGUUUAAUCAAGCCUACAAUGCAAUAAUUUCAUCGAAUAAAGGGCCAGUGUAUAGAGAAAUACCAGCAUAAUUUGUUAAAAAAAAAGAAAAGAAAGAAAAGAAAUAAGAGAUAUUUCUGCAAUAUCACGUCUAUAAAAAGAUGUUGUAUAAAGGUAUGUUUUCAUGUCUGUCGACCCCACCCUUUCCCUUCAGCUUGUGCAGGAGGAAUGAAUGAAUGAAUGCUCUU